GCUGAGCAGCUGGAGCAUCGCCGAGGUUUGCCGAGGCAUCGUUGACAGAUACUACGGUUGUGCAUGCCAUGCACAUGUGUACAUGCACCUCGCGCAUUCAUGUGGAGGACGCCAGGCCCCUUUGCAACCAUAGCAGUUGCAACGGGAUCCGGAACCCAUCACUGCUACCUAUCUACCUAAUGAAAUUUAUAUGUCUCUUUCGAACUCUCUUUCUCUUUCCGCUACCUGGGACUUUCAUCCUUUAGAAAUCAAAGGAGACUUCCUUUUGAAUCUCUCAGUGGAUGUCGACACUUCUCCUAAGAUCCACUUGCUCCUCUACACUAUUUUGCCCAGCGGAGAACUCGUUGCUGGCUCGAGAAACUUCACCGUAGAAAAGUGCUUCUCCAACAAGGUCAAACUGUGGUUUUCUGAGCGAGGACGUCUGCCUGGCCAGAAAACCCAACUCCAUCUUUCAGCCAACCCCGGUUCCCUCUGUGCCAUCCAUGCCGUUGACCAGAGUGUCUUUCUCUUGAAACCUGAAGCUGAGCUCUCCCCUGAGAAGGUUUACAACUUCAUUCCCAAGAAGGACUACAUCUUCUCUAUUGACCUCUUUGUGGCUUCAUUCAAUAUUUAUCCCUGUCCUACAGAAGAACCAUCCAGGGGUAAAAGAAUUGGCGGCCUAGGGCAUUUUCUCCCUGAAAAUGGGGAUAUUUACAACACAUUCUGGGACUUCGGCGUGAACAUUUUUACCAACACCAGGCUACUCAUCCCGCGUUACUGCUCUGACAUCGAAAAACCAUUGAGGGGUGAAAGAAUUGGCCGCCCAGUGCAUUUUCUCCCUGAAGAUGGGGAUGCUUACAAGAUAUUCAGGGAAUUCGGCUUGAACAUUUUUACCAACACCAGGCUACGCAUCCCGGGAUACUGCUCCGACCGUGGAAUUGGGUAUAUCUAG